CGAGAGAUGACAACGAGCUCACUUAUCAACUAGUUGAGCGAAGGAAGACCGGGGAAGACCGCUGGUGGUGGAUAGUUGGCCCGUCCCGACCGUCCCUUAUUGUUUGUCACUUGUAACGUCGUCAUCAUCGCCACCGACGCUUUAUAUACACCUACGAGUGAACGAGUUAGCCGCAGUCCAAAAACGGGAGCUUCUAAGCAACAGACAGUAGUCUCUUCGGACGCAGGGGACAGCCACGAUGACGGAUAAAAUUGCGAGAACUUUUGCCGAUGAAGAAGGUCACGAUGACGACAAGAGGCGGACGCAAUUCGGCUACCGACACUUCGUGACCUUCAUGCUCUUCCUGGGAAUGGCCAACGCGUACAUAAUGAGGACCAACAUGUCCGUGGCGAUCGUGGAAAUGGUUGUGCAUCCUAAUUUAACUGCUGAAGAUAUUACGAAAAACCUCGACUUGGAAGACUGUGAACAGGAUGGUUUGGAAGAAUAUAUUAACUCCACCUUGAAUCGCGUAGAGCGAGAUGACGUGCCUCGUUUUGAGUGGAACACAAAGGAGCAGGCCUUCAUCCUGAGCGCCUUCUUCUACGGUUACGUACUGACGCAGAUUCCGUUUGGACUGUUGGCAAAACAGCACGGCUCUCUCAAGUUCCUCGGCAUUGGGAUGCUGAUUAAUUCAAGCUUCGGUCUUUUAGUUCCUCCAGCGGCAGGUUUGGGCCGCAAUUGGCUCAUUGCUGCUCGAUUUAUCCAAGGACUGGGCGAGGGCCCGAUCGUGCCGUGCACGCACGCCUUGCUGGCUAAAUGGAUUCCUCCCAAUGAAAGAAGUCGGAUGGGUGCCACAGUUUACGCAGGUGCCCAGUUUGGAACUGUGAUCUCGCUUCCUUUGAGCGGCAUUUUGAGUGCAUCCUCGUGGGGCUGGCCGUCCGUUUUUUACGUGUUCGGCACCAUGGGCACUAUCUGGAGUAUUUUCUUCCUGAUCUUCGUCAGAGAGGACCCUGAGCAUGACAAACGGAUCUCCGUAUACGAAAGGUCCAUGAUUCUGCGAACCCUGGGAGACGUUUCAAAAGCUAAAGACGUUUCGGUUCCUUGGAAGGCAAUUUUUUCCUCGUUCCCGUUUUUGGCUAUUCUUCUAGCGCACAUGGGACAGAAUUACGGAUACGAAAUGCUGAUGACCGAGUUGCCUACGUUUAUGAAGCAAGUUUUGCACGUAAACAUCGCACAGAACGGAAUGUUGUCAUCGCUUCCGUACAUCGCUAUGUGGCUUUGUUCGAUGCUGGCCAGCUUUGUCGCCGACUGGCUUAUUUACUCCAAAACUCUCAGUAUUGGCACGACGAGAAAAAUUUUCAACUCUUUCGGUCAGUACGGGCCCGGCUUGUGUAUUCUGCUGGCCGCCUACAACGGCUGCAGCCUGCCUUGGACCGUGGCUCUCUUAACUCUCGGUCUUGGAUUCAACGGUGGUAUUUACUCUGGUUUUAAAAUCAACCACUUGGACAUUUCGCCGGCGCUGGCUGGCGUCCUUAUGAGCAUCACCAACUGCACAGCCAACAUAGCUGGACUUUUCGCGCCAAUUGUCGCGGGACACGUCAUUCAUAACCGGCCAACCCAAGCCGCUUGGCAGACGGUCUUCCAGAGCACGUUCGGCGUGUACGUGGUGUGUGCCACCUUCUUCCUCUUCGCGUCCAGUGGCGAGCGGCAGGAAUGGGACCCUAACGUCGUAAUCGACGACGUCCCGAUGAAAACAAUCGGAGAAGAGGCUGAUGACGAAAAGAAGAACAAAACAGAUUCUCCCGCCUGAAGAUGAUUCUCGACGAAAUAUUUCCGUUGUUUUGUAAUUAUUUAUUUUGAAUGAACUUAGCCAGAAAGUUACUCUCGCAUUUGACUUGAUCCAUAUUAAUUGUCUCUUAAGCUUUCGGGUCACUGAACUUUCUAAAGCCACUUGAUGAGCAUGAUGACAUGUGCAGCUUCUGAAUUAAAUUAAUUUUCUAAUUUGUCAAGCGUUUCUCAAACAUUCCAGGUGAACGAUUUUAAUGACAAAUUCUUACGAGUUUGCAAUGUUUAGUGUCACAAUAAAGCAAUCCAACCCAA